CAAUAGUUUCCGGGUACGAAGUAAACAGAAGUUUGACAUUGGCUGUAUUUGUUAGCAUUAAAUAUGGUUUCGCUGUCUAUAAAUUCGUUAAAACAAAUAAUGAGAGCAAUGGUAGAUAAUCCAGGCUUCGACAGAGUCCUGAAAAAGGUGGACGUUUUGUCUGCCAGCCCCGGUAAGGUGGUGUGUGAGAUGCGGGUAGAAGAGGAGCACACUAACCGUGGAGGGACGCUGCACGGCGGGUUGACAGCCACCCUGGUCGAUGUCAUCUCCACCAUGGCGAUCAUGUACUCUGAGAGGGGAGCACCGGGAGUCAGUGUGGACAUGAACAUAACAUACAUGAAUGCUGCCAAGAUCGGAGAGGACGUACUCAUCACUGCUCAGGUUCUGAAGCAAGGACGGACACUGGCGUUUGCCACCGUAGACCUCACCAACAAGGUCACGGGGAAGCUCAUAGCACAAGGAAGACACACUAAACACCUCGGCGGCAGCUAAACCGUCUCCCCUCUGUGCCUGUCUGUAAAUCACACAUGUACCUGACCAGCCAAAACAAGGGACUCCUGAGUGAAGAUGUAAACUAACCUCUACCUGUAGAUUGCAAAACUGACUGUGUAAAAAAACACCAUAAAAUAGUCGACAGUACUACAAAUCCUUCUCACAGCUGGUUACUUACCGACUGGUGCCAUUGUCAUCAACAGUUAAGAGAAACUAAUGGCUGUGUGGUCAGUUAGUCCUGACCAAACUACUGUGUCAAUGAAACUGUUUCAUACACAUGCAAUAAAAGAAAUAGACAAGA